UUGAUCAUAUCUUGACCUUUAUACAUUGAAUUACUGCCACUGCCACGUUGUUUGAUUAUGUAUUUGCAUCAUAUGUUAUAUUUUGUUAUAUAUUAUACAUUUGAGUGCAGGUGUAACUAAGAAAGGGUAAGUGUGUGUGCAGUUGUAGUGCUCACGCACUUCUCGGAAAAGUUCUCUGGUCGUUUGGUUUCAUUUUCAUUUUCAGUUGAGCUGUAUCUUUGGACGUUCCUGCAGUGACGAAUCCGGCAGGAAAACACCUAGUUACAAGAAUUCCUAGUGGAAAUCCUUUCGGAACCUGAACAGAAUGGAGUUCUGUGACCCGGGAAGUUGCCAGAUAACAAGGGAUAAAAUGACCUCUUCAGUCCUUUACAAGUUCUUCGGCGCUGAGGAGGUGAGAAGCCUACAGUCCAUGUACAGUAAAGGUGAUGUGGUAACGGUGAUCCUUGAACUGAAGCGGAAGGCAGAGGAUUUAGCCAGUGUGAAGAUCAACGUUGCCGUGCUGGGUGAUGUGGGCUCCGGGAAAUCCACCCUCAUCAAUGCCAUGAGGGAUGUUCGGAGUGAUGAUCCCAGAGCUGCUCCAACUGGGAAUGGUGAAGCCAGCAUGGUGCCAACCAGAUAUCAUUAUCCAUCCCUGCCAGAUAUUCAACUCUGGGAUCUCCCAGGAUUAAACUCCUUCGGUUUUGAACUGAACUGUUACCUGAAACAAGUGAAUUUUGAAAGCUACGACUUCUACAUCAUUGUGUCUCAGUCACGAUUCAGAGAGUGUGAUGGGGAGCUCUCCAAAAGGAUUCAAGCACAGCAGAAAGAAUUCUACUACAUUCGGUCCAAAAUUGACAAUGACGCCUUUUCUAUGAAGAUGCAAGGCAUUGACUUCAGUCAAGGGCAGAUGCAAAUCAUCCAGGACUGUGCUAAAAACUUUAAAAGCGUUGGAGUCAAACCACCAGCCAUUUUCCUGAUCUCCAGUUUUGAUGUGAAAGAAUAUGAUUUUCCAAAAUUAAAGUCUACCCUUGCCACUGAUUUCGAGAGCAUAAGAUCCAAUACCUUUUCACGCGCAAUUCCAGAGAUGAUGCUGGGAAUCCAACAAUCCAAACGCAGGCUGAUAAUGUGGGUCAUCGUGCUGUUGGCCUUCCUGUCUGGGGCUGUGGGCAUUAUCCAAGCCCCAGGCUUGUCUUUCCUCACUGCCAUUGCCUGUACUGCUGCUGGGUGGAUGUACUUUCGAUGGCAACUGGGCGUUACUGACCGUGUGGUAUGGAACUUGUCCGGCAGAGUCAACAAGCCUGCAUCACUUCUGAAAACUGAAAUGGAACGUCGACCGCCUUUCACGUUGCUUCGAUUUUCCCCUAAGGUGCUGUCGUUCAUCCUCAUUAUGGUCUGUAUGAUAGCUGUCUUCACAGACAGCCACCAUUCAGUGACAGUCUCUGUCUUUGGGGCAAUGUCCUCAUCUGCCUUCACCUUUCUCGUUCUGAAGGAUUCACUGGAUGACCGGUUGCUAUCUCAGCAAAUCCUCGCCAAGACUGCACUUCAGCAGGAAGAUGAUGACCACCUUUAGGUCGCACCUCUCACAGCUUUCAAAGUUCAACUUGAUCCCAACGUCAUGGUUAACCUGAUUUGUUUAGUUGGGGGUCACAUUCAUUUUCUACAGAGGGCCAUCUGAAAGAUUCACUCCUUAUGCAUUAGAAAAUCAUCAACAUAGAAAUACCUAAAUGUAAGCUAUUAAUCACACUUUGCAUUUUGCUUUUGGUAGCUGUUACCUGCUGCUCCAUGGUGCUGGAAAUUCUCUUCUUGAAUCACUGUUGUAACAAUUGGUGAAAAUAAAUGUUGUGAGUUAAGAUAAAUUUGAUUAUUUCUGAAAACUUCAGAUCAUCCAGGAUGUUGAAAGCAUCAGAGAAAGGAUUUCAGCCAGGUUGUCACAUGUAAGGUAGGCUGCAGGUAGUCGGUGACCACCACAAAAGGUUGAGGGGGUAGACGGAUAAUGCAGGAUGCUCUGUGGCUAAUUACCUUGAAAAUAAGUAACCAUUUGGGAUAGUGAUUGGGGAUGAUAGUUCAGAAAAAGGCAGCAGCCACGUCUGUGACACCAGGACUGUA